AUGCUGAAGGAAGGGGAAUUUUUGUUUUACUUUUCAGAAAUUUGUUUUAAUUAAUUUUUUUCUUUAAUUAUUUAUAAUAAGAAAAAUAGCUCUUAAUCUGACUCAAAAUUUACUUAAUAGGUAAUUCGAAUAUUGCUUAAUGAUUUUUAAAAUAGAUAAAAGAAAUAUCAAAAAAUUUUACAGAUUCUCCAAAAAAAUACUUUUUUAGAUCCUAGAUUUUAAUUUUCAUUUUACCAAGACAAAUUGGUUUAAUUAGAAUAAUUUAUAAAACUAAUAACUAUAUAUUACAACGAUUGGAAGAAAGAAGAGACUAAAAUUGAUAAUUGUCCAUAAAAUUAGCCAAAUAAUAAAAAUGAUUAUGAGUCUGAUAUUAAAUUCUACAUAAGAGAAUAUAUCCCAAUGAAUUUUUGUCAUCUAGAGAGCUAGAAUCAAAAAAUAUAAAAAUACUAAUUCUUAAAAGUUCAAGCUUAUAAUUUCUUUUCAAUCCAACAGUUCCCUCUGAUCGUGCUUUUUCAAAGGCUGGAUUGA